CCGUGCCCCCAAACCGACGAGGGACAACAGUAGCUCCUAACGAGCUUGUCACUGAAGGGCACCGCCCCCGUCUCGCCCUACAGCGGCGGCAGCCGGAUUCAAACUGCCCAAUAGCACACCAUAUCGGGGAAGGGGCGGGUUUAGCGAUAGCCAAUGGGAGCCCAGGAUAUUGGGAAGUGCGGCCUGCGUUGGUGAUUUCAAACCGUGCUGAGGAGCGGCCCAGGAUUUACCACUCGGCCAGACCUGGCCUAGAUCUAUUCUAUAUCAAACCUGUCCUUUAUAAACAACAUCUUGACCUGCUUGAAUUGGGACUGUAAAGGUCUGUGGAGGUUCCGUUCCCGCCAAUUUCCACAGUGGUGCUUGGUGAUGACUGGUUGGUGUGGAUGCCGCCCACUGAAUUUCUUCCACUCCACCCAGUGUUGAACAGAAAGACCAAGACAAAAUGAAUUACUGUGACUUGUAAGAAACUGAAGCAUCAUGGGGGAUGAUAGUGAAUGGAUGAAAUUGCCCAUUGAUCAGAAAUGUGAACACAAGUUAUGGAAGGCCAGGUUAAACGGCUAUGAAGAAGCUUUGAAGCUGUUUGAGAAGAUAGAUGAUGAGAAGAGCCCUGAAUGGUCCAAGUAUCUCGGCCUUAUAAAGAAAUUUGUGAUAGAUUCCAAUGCAGUAGUUCAGCUGAAAGGAUUAGAAGCAGCACUUGCCUAUGUGGAAAAUGCUCAUGUAGCUGGAAAAACAACAGGAGAAGUGGUGUCUGGAGUUGUGAAUAAAGUGUUCAACCAGCCUAAAGCUAAAGCAAAGGAACUAGGCAUAGACAUUUGUCUUAUGUUCAUUGAAAUUGAAAAAGGGGAAGUGGUACAAGAAGAGCUGCUUAAAGGCUUGGACAACAAGAACCCCAAGAUCAUAGUAGCAUGUAUAGAGACACUGAGGAGAGCACUAAGUGAAUUUGGGUCAAAAAUAAUCUCACUGAAGCCAAUAAUCAAAGUGUUGCCAAAACUCUUUGAGUCUCGAGAGAAGGCUGUUCGAGAUGAAGCCAAACUUCUCGCAGUAGAGAUCUAUCGAUGGAUAAGGGAUGCUCUCAGGCCUCCAUUACAGAAUAUAAACUCUGUUCAGUUAAAAGAAUUGGAAGAAGAAUGGAUCAAAUUGCCAUCAUCUGCUCCCAAGCAGACCAGAUUCCUUCGCUCCCAGCAAGAAAUGAAAGCAAAGUUUGAGCAGCAGCAAGCAGCUGGUGGGGAUGCAGAUGGAGGAGGAGAUGAUGGUGAGGAGGCUGUUCCACAGGUGGAUGCUUAUGAACUCUUGGAGGCUGUGGAAAUUCUCUCCAAACUUCCUAAAGAUUUCUAUGACAAAAUAGAGGCAAAAAAAUGGCAGGAGAGGAAAGAAGCUUUGGAAUCAGUGGAAAUGCUGGUAAAAAAUCCCAAACUGGAAGCUGGAGAUUAUACAGACUUGGUGAAAGUCCUUAAGAAGGUUGUUGGGAAAGAUACCAAUGUCAUGUUGGUUGCUUUGGCUGCCAAAUGCCUUGCUGGACUAGCUGCUGGUCUCAGGAAGAAAUUCGGACAGUAUGCAGGUCAUGUUGUCCCAACAAUCCUGGAGAAGUUCAAGGAGAAAAAGCCUCAAGUGGUGCAAGCCUUGCAAGAGGCAAUUGAUGCAAUUUUCCUUACAACCACAUUACAAAACCUCAGUGAGGAUAUCUUUGCUGUUAUGGAUAACAAAAAUCCAACCAUCAAGCAACAGACAUCUCUCUUCAUUGCAAGAAGUUUUCGUCAGUGCACUCCUUCUACUCUUUCCAAAAGUCUGCUGAAAUCCUUCUGUGCGGCUCUUCUCAAGCAUAUUAAUGACCCGGCUCCUGAAGUUAGAGAUGCUGUGUUUGAAGCUCUGGGUACUGCCCUCAAGGUGGCAGGUGAGAAAGCUGUGAACCCUUUCCUAACAGAUGUGGACAAACUGAAACUUGACCGGAUUAAAGAGUGUGCUGAAAAGGUGGAGUUGGCUGGUGGUAGUAAAGCAGGUGGAGGAGCUGACAGAAAAGAGAGUAAACCUGUUUCUGGGAAAGUUCCAGCUAUGUCAGGAGCUGCAGGUGACAAAGAGAAUUUGGCUAAAUCUGGUCCACAGAAAAAGGCAGCUGCUGCAAAGGCCGGUGGCCCACCCAAGAAGGGCAAACAAGCUGGUGGUGGUAGUGUAGGAAAUGCUGGAACAAAAGGCAAGAAAGGAGCAGAAGUAAAGGAGAUAUUUGAGGCAGAGCUCUCGAUAGAAGCAUGUGAAGAGAAGGCUUCAGCUGUCCUCCCUGCUGCUUGCCUACAGCAGCUAGAUAGUGGCAAUUGGAAGGAGAGACUUGCUUGCAUGGAAGAAUUUCAGAAGGCUGUUGAACUGAUGGAUAGAACUGAAAUGCCUUGUCAGGCUCUAGUAAGAAUGUUGGCCAAGAAACCUGGAUGGAAGGAGACCAACUUUCAGGUGAUGCAGAUAAAGCUGCGUAUAGUUGCCUUGGUUGCUCAGAAGGGAACAUUCUCCAAAACAUCAGCGCAAAUUGUGCUUGAUGGUCUGAUUGAUAAGAUCGGUGAUGUGAAAUGUGGGAACAAUGCCAAGGAAGCACUAACGGCAAUAGCAGAGGCCUGCCAGCUGCCCUGGACUGCUGAACAGGUAAUGUCAAUGGCUUUCUCUCAGAAGAAUCCAAAGAACCAAUCGGAAACCUUGAACUGGCUGUCAAAUGCAAUUAAAGAGUUUGGGUUUUCAGGAUUGAACGUAAAGGCUUUCAUCAGCAAUGUUAAGACUGCUCUUGCAGCUACAAAUCCUGCUGUGAGAAUAUCUGCGAUUACCUUAUUAGGUGUCAUGUAUCUCUAUGUGGGCCCUUCUUUACGGAUGUUCUUUGAGGAUGAGAAACCUGCUCUUCUUUCUCAAAUAGAUGCAGAGUUUGAAAAAAUGCAAGGACAGACACCACCUGCUCCAACUCGAGGUAAUUCCAGGCAUCCCGUUGGCAGUGGGGAUGAUGGUGAAGAAGGAGAAGAACAAGAGGAUGCAGGAAACGAUGUUGUGGAUCUUUUGCCAAGAUCUGAUAUUGCUGAUAAGAUCACAUCUGAUUUGGUAUCUAAGAUUGGGGAUAAAAACUGGAAAAUUCGAAAGGAGGGUCUCGAUGAAGUGGCAAGCAUAAUUAAUGAAGCCAAAUUCAUACAGCCAAACAUAGGCGAACUUGCACCUGCAUUGAAGAGUCGUCUCAAUGACUCCAAUAAAAUUCUGGUGCAACAGACACUGAGCAUCCUUCAACAACUGGCCACUGCUAUGGGUCCAAACAUCAAGCAACAUGUGAAAAACCUGGGCAUUCCUAUCAUCACAAUCCUUGGAGACAGUAAGAGCAAUGUACGAACAGCUUCCCUUGCAACUGUGAAUGCCUGGGUAGAACAGACAGGUAUGAAAGAGUGGUUGGAAGGGGAGGAUCUGUCUGAAGAGCUCAAGAAAGAGAACCCAUUCCUAAGGCAAGAGCUUCUAGGUUGGCUGGCUGAUAAGUUGCCCACUCUCCGCACUGUCCCAUCAGACUUAGUUAUAUGUGUGCCUCACCUGUACUCUUGCCUGGAGGAUCGAAAUGGAGAUGUCCGUAAAAAGGCACAGGAUGCUCUGCCAUUCUUUAUGAUGCAUUUGGGGUUUGACAAGAUGGCCAAAGCCACUGGCAAGCUGAAGCCAGCCUCAAAAGACCAAGUACUGGCCAUGCUUGAAAAAGCCAAAGCCAAUAUGCCUGCCAAACCUGCUCCGCCGACUAAGACAUCUUCUAGAGCAGUAGGAGCAGCUCCAGCCAAGUGUCAAACUGCAUCAGGUUCAAGUGAAGAUUUUGCAUCCAGUGCUACAGAGACAAAGUCUGAUGCCAAAAAAGCCAAAGCAGGAGGAACUGCCCCUAAAACCAAGCAUUCUGAUGCUAGUCAAAGUCUCACCAAAGGCACUAGCAGUGUGACAAAGAACAAACCUAUCAAGCAGGGUAUACAAGGGAAGAAGGUACCAAGCAAGUCCAACUUGAAGGAAGAUGAUGACAGAUCUGGUCCAAUUUUUAUCAUAGUCCCAAAUGGGAAAGAGCAAAGGAUGAAAGAUGAAAAGGGGUUAAAGGUUUUGAAAUGGAACUUUACUACUCCUCGGGAUGAAUAUAUUGAACAAUUGAAGACUCAGAUGUCUAGCUGUGUUGCCAAAUGGUUACAAGAUGAAAUGUUCCAUGCAGAUUUUCAACACCACAACAAAGCUUUUGCUGUAAUGGUUGAGCAUUUGGAGAGUGAGAAGGAUGGAGUCAUUAGCUGUUUGGAUCUAAUCCUGAAAUGGCUGACCCUGCGGUUCUUUGACACCAACACAAGUGUCUUGAUGAAGGCUCUGGAGUACCUCAAGCUGCUUUUUGCCAUGUUGAACCAAGAAGAGUACCAUCUUACUGAAAAUGAGGCCACCUCCUUCAUCCCCUACCUUGUCCUAAAGGUUGGGGAACCAAAAGAUGUUAUCCGCCGGGAUGUGCGUGCAAUUCUGAACAGGAUGUGCCUUGUCUACCCCGCCAGCAAGAUGUUCACUUUUAUCAUGGAGGGAACAAAGUCAAAAAACUCAAAGCAACGAGCAGAAUGCCUGGAAGAACUAGGGUGUCUAGUUGAAUCAUAUGGCAUGAAUGUGUGUCAGCCAACUCCAGGCAAAGCCUUAAAGGAAAUGGCAAUUCACAUUGGCGACAGGGACAACACUGUUAGAAAUGCUGCACUCAACACUAUUGUAACAGUUUACAAUGUACAUGGGGACCAGGUGUUCAAGCUGAUUGGAAACCUCUCUGAGAAAGACAUGAGCAUGUUGGAAGAACGGAUAAAGCGGUCUGCUAAGAAGCCAAAUGCUACUUUAGCAAGGCAAGUGGAGGAGAAACCACAGCGGGUUCAGAGUGCCAGUGCCAACGCUAACAUGCUGCGGAAGGGGCCAGUUGAAGAUAUGUCUUCCAAACUCAACCAAGCCCGAAACAUGAGUGGCCACUCUGAUAUGACUCAUGCAGUUCCACGAGAGUUUCAGCUGGAUCUGGAUGAAAUAGAAAAUGAUAAUGGCACAGUCCGAUGUGAAAUGCCAGCACUUGUCCAGCACAAACUGGAUGACAUCUUUGAACCCGUCUUGAUCCCUGAACCUAAGAUCCGUGCUGUUUCUCCACACUUUGAUGAUAUGCACAGUAACACAGCUUCCACCAUCAACUUUGUUAUUUCUCAGGUAGCCAGUGGUGAUAUAAAUACUAGUGUCCAAGCUCUAGCACAGAUUGAUGAGGUCCUGAGACAAGAAGACAAAGCAGAAGCGAUGUCUGGCCACAUUGACCAGUUCCUAAUAGCUACAUUCAUGCAGCUCCGACUCAUUUACAAUACGCACAUGGCUGAUGAGAAACUGGACAAGGAUGAGAUAGUCAAAUUAUACAGUUGCAUAAUUGGAAACAUGAUUUCGCUGUUCCAGAUUGAAAACUUGGCCAGGGAGGCUUCUGCAGGAGUGCUGAAGGACCUGAUGCAUGGCCUCAUUACCUUAAUGUUGGAUUCAAGGAUUGAAGACCUGGAGGAAGGCCAGCAGGUUAUCAGAUCUGUUAAUCUCUUGGUGAUAAAAGUUCUGGAGAAAUCUGACCAAACCAACAUAUUAAGUGCCCUGCUUGUUCUGCUCCAGGACAGUCUUCUGGCAACAGCAAGCUCUCCUAAGUUCUCAGAACUUGUAAUGAAGUGUUUAUGGAGAAUGGUAAAACUUCUCCCUGAAACUAUCAACACUGUCAAUCUGGAUCGAAUUAUGUUGGACAUCCACAUCUUUAUGAAGGUAUUUCCAAAGGAGAAAUUGAAGCAGUGCAAGAGUGAAUUUCCAAUAAGGACACUGAAGACCUUGAUUCAUACCUUGUACAAGCUGAAAGGACCCAAGAUCUUAGAUCAUCUAACAAUGAUAGAUAACAAGAAUGAAUCUGAGUUGGAGGCUCACCUCUGCAGAGUAAUGAAACACUCUCUGGACCAAACUGGAAGUAAAUCUGACAAAGGCACAGAAAAAGGUGCUUCCCGUAUAGAUGAAAAGUCACCAAAGGCCAAAGUGAACGAUAUUUUAGCUGAGAUAUUUAAGAAAAUUGGCUCUAAAGAAAACACUAAAGAGGGGCUGGCAGAGUUGUACGAAUAUAAAAAGAAGUAUUCUGAUGCCGACAUUGAGCCCUUCCUAAAAAACUCUUCACAGUUCUUCCAGAGCUAUGUGGAACGAGGCCUCAGGCUGAUUGAAAUGGAAAGGGAAGGCAAAGGGCGCAUUCCUUCUUGUACAGGUAUUUCUCCACAGAUGGAGGUAUCGUGUAUCCCCACUCCUACCAAUACAGUCUCUUCAUCUAUAGGAAAUACAAAUGGGGAAGAGGUGGGGCCUUCCGUCUACCUGGAAAGGCUAAAAAUCCUCAGACAGCGAUGUGGCCUUGACAAUGCAAAGCAGGAAGACAGAGCACCGCUAACCUCCCAGCUGUCCAAACCAUCAGCUCCUACAGUUGCAUCCUCCACAGACAUGCUCCACAGUAAGCUUUCACAGCUUCGUGAGUCACGGGAACAAUACCAGCACAUCGAUCUUGACUCCAAUCAGACUCACUCCUCUGGCACUGGAAACACCACUUCUUCCUCCACAGCAUCCAAUAUUGAUGACUUGAAAAAAAGACUGGAGAGAAUAAAAAGCAGUCGCAAAUGAAAUUGCGUAAGACAGCAUGGCUGUUGCAGAGCUGUCCAGCUUUAGUUUACUAAACUAGAAGUCUUCAUAGUUAAGUGGCCUCAUGUAGGCCACAUGUAUACAAACUGGUUUAUGUGUAUAAUACAGCAGAUCUUGGAGAAUUAUCCAAGUCAUUGUGGCACAAAGUCUUUUGUACAUACUUUGCUUCUCUGUGAGCAUCUCUUGACCAUAUAAGACUGUGUGUUAGUUUUAGUGUACAGAGCUGUAAACAACCAUUCUCCUGCUUAGUCCAGUUUCUCAUAACUUGUUUUUAUUUGUAAAGUUGUCUUAUCUUUCCUAGCUCUUAACUCUUAGAAGCUCUUCAGUGGAUUCACUUUUAAUUUUGUGAAAUUCUUCUCCAUAUAAUCCUUGAACUGUUUCUGUACGGACGCAUGGCAUGAAGUAACUAAUUUUAAAUGUCUUUUUGUAAAUAAAGUUUGCAUUAACUCUCUGGAAGCAACGGUGAUGUUGGUGGGAAAUGACCAUCCCUAGUUGCCAGUAACUCAGCAUUUCUAGCUGUGGGUGAGCUGCUGCCUAAAUCUUCGCAAUGGGCUGACUUUCAUUUGGACAACAUGGAGAAGCUGUGACACUAAAGAUGCAGCAUCCUCCAGGGGGAAGAAGCCUUUGAUUUUGAUCAGUAGCAUUGUUGCUCUUACCACAACUUCCAGAAUGGCUUGGAGAAGAGGCAGAACAGCUUACACCCUAGAAAAUGCCUUUCCAAACUGCCCCUUCCUUCUCCAUAUCUUAGGCUAGUUAGUCAUUAGGUGCUAUGAUACUUCCAUUCCUUUUGAGGAAUUGGAUUAAUCUCUGGUUUAACAAUAUCUCUCAUAUUCAAGACUGGUUGGUCUGUGUUCUUCUGAAGAUAGUUUUCCCCCCUCACGUGGUCAUUGCUGGAACCCAACAUAUCUAAAUGUGCUAAUUUGAUUCUGGCAAAUUUCAGUUCAGUUGUCAGCCUGAAAUUGCUUUUUAAAAAUGGGUUUGGACAACCAGUGAUUGCUGCCAGUAGUUGAGAAUGCCGCACUGGAACCCUGCUUCCAAAAUGCUUCUGUUCUGAAGUGGAUCACCCUGUGCAAAUUGAUGGUCACCGAUCCAGUUGGUUGUAGGAAUUUUCUGAAUCUUGCUUUUUUGGAAUGGGUUAUGCACUCUUAACUGCACUUUUGUGCCUCUUAUGAUCUGAACCCCAGAAUGUUCUCAGCACACAGGGCUUUUGUUGUAUCUUCUAAGCUAGUCCUCCUUGCUGCUUCCAGCUUAGAUGACUUGAACUAAGUUACGUUGCUACUGCAUAACCCUAAUUCCUAGUAUAUCUGUUCUUAUGGCUAGAUGGAGGUUUAGGCUCAUUUGCAUUUCAUCAUGCUUGUUACACUUUGAUUAGAUAACACUGUCUAUACCAUAGUUUGAUAUUGCAUCUACUGCAAACCAAAUUGAUAGUUGACUGUAGUAACCUCAUUGGCCACUAUUUGCAUGGAUGAUGUAUGCCCUGGUUUUUAAGGUGAUGCCCACUAUAGAGUGAUUAUAUGUACUGUUGGAUUUCUGGGAGAAUUCUGUCCAGUUGGCCUGAAAUUAUUUAUAAAGUGGGGCUUUUUUCAGUUGAAGUUGUUUCUUAUAAGUCUGCUGCAGCUACAAAAAAUGAAUUGGCACCUGUCAGAACAGAGGGAAAGUGGGCUGUGUAUUUAAGUUGCCAAUCAUCACUUGCUAGCACUAUGGGGUGCCUUGAAAUCGUGCAAAAAUGCUUAGUUUCUGGAAUAUAAUUUUCCUCUUGUGCACUUUUUAGUGCAUACUCCUUUUUUUUUUCCAGACAUGCUAUUCUUAAUUUCAUUAUAUAGCAAAGUAUUCUAUUAGAGUUGAUUGAAUCAGUUCCACAUUGGUAUAAUGUGCUGAAUUGUGAAGUAAUGGCAGCCAGAAAUGCAAUUUGCGGUGGGGGUGUGCGUGCGUCAUAAAUGCAAUGAAAUUUCUGAGGCAAGCUUUCUUCAUUGUCUUAGAAGAUACUUCCCGGCCCUCACCCACCGAUUGUGGUUUUAGUUCUGAUACGUAUUUCCCCUUUCAAUAUUAGUUUCAGAAAUUCUAGGUUAAGCUAAAUGAAGCUUAAACAGAGCACCAAUGGAAAUGUUCCUACAGUACAUUUGAAUAAAUGUUAAAUUUUACUACUAAACUUCUCUGUAUUCCCUAAAUCUUGGUGAUACAGUUAUGAAAGGUAUGUCAGGAGAAAUGGAAUCGGCUUUUCUUCAUUGAGGGGGAUGAUAUUAAGGAAUGUAUGAAAAAUAACACUUGACGCACAUUAACAAAUACAUUGCUUGUUUAUAUUCAUGGAAUUUGACCACUUCAAUUCUCCACUGUGUGUCUGUGAAAACGUUUUAAUAGAACUUCACUCAUUCAGUGGAGGAAUGGUUGUUGCAGUAGAAAAAGGCUCAAUUAACAGCUCUGGAAAUAGUGGGAUACAUUGUUUUGCUUGGAGAAAUGCUAUGGCUUUUUUUAAUUGAUUGAAUAAAAGUACAUCCCACCAA